UACUAGUAGUAAUAAUGAAUUAGAAAUAUCAUAUCAAUUUACUGAAAAAUAUACAAAUGAUUUUGACAAUUUAGAAUUUUAUAAAACUGACUUAAAUGAAAAUUGUGUUGGUUCUAUCUUUAGCAUUCAUGCUAUCUUUAUCUUUAAUAACUAUAAUAUUUCUACUUCUAAUAGUUAUAUAGAAUCAACUUCUGAUGAUAAUCUUCAUUUUUCUUACAACAGUUAUAUUACUUCUAAUUUUGAUAUUGAUAGUGAAAAAGCAAAUAAAAAUACUUAA